GGACGGGGUGACGUGAGGGAGGGGGAGGAGUAGCGGCAGGAGGGACGCUGUGGGUCUGAGGUGAAGAGAGAGAGAGAGAGAGCCGCGGGGCCGCGCCAGGCCAGGCCGGGCUGGGCUGGGCUGUGAGGCCGGGGAGAGCUCGGCUCAGGCUGCACUGACAGCAGCAGCACGUGUGUGGCAGAAUGUUUCGCCGCUCAAGACUCAGUGUACGGCCCAAUGUGAAACCUGGUGGAAGAGGUUUGGCAGGUUCUUCACAGGCACCCAAACAGGAUGACAAACCUCCUGCCUCAGAUCAGCAAGCAAGCCCAGAGGAAAAGGCAACCAAUGAAAAAGAUGUUUCUGAGAACUCGGGCACGGUGCCAGUUCCAUCACCUCCAUCACCACCACCUAAUUCAAGCGCAGAACAGGACCAGAGAGAUGGCCCAGAUGAACAGCAGGAGAAUGUGCCACUCAACAAGAAAGAGAAAAAUGAUAAGAAUACCGAGUCGAGUGCUGGCAUCAAAUCAUCUGCAGUGCCUUUGCAACGAAGAAAGCGGAUUGCUACCAUGCCAAAUUUGGCAAAACAGAGAUCUGCAACUCCGUCAGCAAAUCAGUCAACUACCGUGACCCCAAAGUCUCCGCCUCGGAAGCCAACUCCCCUGUCUUCUGUGAGCAACGCCGUGUCACUUCAGGAAACUCCACCUCUGUCGCAGACCACUACUCCUGAGAAACCACUUCCCAAAUCACCAGAGAAACGAAGAGCCUCUUCAGGACAACAGACCAAAUUGCCAGAAAAGAAAACUCCAAUUCCUCAAGUGCCGCAGUUCUCUCCAGUUAAAAAAAGUUCCAACAAAGAUUCAACCUCAGCAGCUAAUUCUCCUCGAGCUGAUUCUGUCCGGAAGGCAUUGGCAUCACCGCUUAAGGAGAGGGUUACACCAUCUCCUGGUGCCUCAUCUACAUCUCCCAAAGGUCCAAAACUUCCAUCGGAAGUUGAACGACUGAGAAAAGCUCGGAAACUGCGGGAAAUGCUGAAAGAGGAGUUGAGGAAAGAGAAGGGUCUAUUGCAGAAAUCUAAUCGGGAGAAGAUUUUACUUUGGGAAAGUGGCACUCCACCAGAACGCACUAAAAUGACGAUGAGAGACUUCAUAUACUACCUCCCUGAAACAAAUCCAAUGCAGUCUUCGUUGGAAGAAGAAAGAAGACAAUCGGAGAAGGUACCUGCACCAGUGCCUGUGUCAGUGCUGGCCCCAGUUUUAACUAAGGAACCAGAACUGGAAAAUACUAACGCCUCAGGUGAUGAUGAGGAUGACGAGGGUGAUGAUUCAAUCUUGGGUCCACGAGUUAAGGUAGCAGAAGAUGGGACUAUUAUCAUUGAUGAAGAAAGUUUAACUGUUGAAGUUUUGAGGAUGAAGGGACCUAAUAUCGCUGAAAACAAUGAUCCCAUCUUUGAGCGUGGCUCACAAACAACCUAUUCCAGCUUUAGGAGAAACACUCACACAAAACCGUGGUCCAAUAAAGAAACGGACAUGUUCUUUUUAGCGAUCAGUAUGGUAGGCACCGAUUUCUCUAUGAUUGGUCAGCUGUUUCCCAACAGGUCAAGAGUGGAGAUAAAGAACAAAUUCAAACGUGAAGAAAAGCUAAAUUCAUGGAGGAUAGAUAAAGCAUUCAAGGAGACCAAACCUCUUGAUUUGGAAUUCUUUGGAGAGCUGCUAACAAAGGUUCUGGAGGCAGAGACGAAGAGGAAGAGAGAAAGGAAUGGGAAAAACAAACACCAAGCCCCAAGAAAAUCAAGUGUCAAACAAAAAAAGAAAGGUAAGAAACUGCCCCUUGGAGAAACUGAAAGUGACCCAGAUGAUCCUGACCCAGUUGAAGGUUCUUCCGAUGAACUGGCUGAGACUGACCCCAGCGCUGUGGAAGAAAGAACUGAGGCAUCACACAGUGUGGAAGAGCAGGAAGAGAUGCAGGAAAAAGAAACCGCAUCAAAAGCUUCACUGACCAAAGGCAAACGAAAAAGAAAGAAAAAGGAUGUUGCAGAAAUAACUGAGACAGAAAGUGCAGAAGGACCAUCGCUAGAGGAUACUGCUUUUCAGAAAUCUAAACAGACAGGACGGCAGCAGAGCAAGAAAGGAAUCCAAAAUGCUUCCGAUUUGUCGUCUGGUGAAUCAAGUCUUGGUGGAAAAGUUGCCAAGGAUGGUGAUGACAUGCAUACAGUAGAUGGUGAAAUGUCAUGUGAUCCAGAGACAACUGAAAACAAGCAAACUUCCCCGACCAAGAGAAAGCAGAAAUCCAUUCCUGAAGAUAAAUCCGCAAGUGAUCAUGAAAGUGUAACAUCCUCAGAAUCAUCAUCAGCAAUUCCAGCAGAAAACUCAGAGAAAACACAACACUCGCUCCUUCAGAAACCAAAACCCAACUUGAAGUUGACUGGAAGGAAAGGAGGUGAUGGGAAAGGAUCUGAGAAACCUGCUUCUGAAACCACUGACUCUUGUGAUGAUCAGAACAGUGACAAGUUAAACGAUCAAUCUGUGCAGGUUCAUGAUCCUCCUUGUGAAGAAGUUAAUGAGAUUGUGGGUAAAGAAAUGCCAAAUAAGGAUAUUGUGAGUGUUAUGCAGAUGCCUGAAACGACUGAAGUUGCUAAACCCAUAACUCAGGAGACUCCAGCAAGUCAAGCCCACGAUUCUGGGACUGAAUCAAGUUCUGUGGAGAAACUGACUUCUCAUGAGGAAUGUAAGGAACCCAGAUCAAAAACAGGACCACCAGUGAGGAGCCGGUCCCAGAGACCCAAGCCAAAUUUAGGAAAAGCAGCUGGAAAGAAAGAUGUGCCAGCACAAAAAAGGAAGAUUGUAGCUGAGGAGGCCACAGAAUCCAGUCCUAAAACCCCUGAUAAUGAAGGAAAUAAACCGAUGACGCCUGACACUUGCCUUACUCCAGUGUCUGAAGGACCAUCACUUGCAUCUGUACUGGUUUCCUCUGAUCCUGUGGAGUCGGAGAAACAAAAUGCCGCUGAUUUGGAUUCUAUGGUAUUGAGAAAGGACAGCGUACAUCCUGACAAAGUACAGCAACCAGAAAGGCCACUUGAGAGUGACAACCAGGAGGAACAAGAGGAAUUAAACCUGGAAACUUUUCAGGAGAAGAUUAUAAACAAACCAACAAGGUCUGGAAGGCAGCCCAAAGCUCCAGCAUUUUAUAAUCCUCCAGUAGAACAGAAAUCAUCCACCGCUUCCACGUCAUCUGAAGGAGAGAAUGAGAGCAGAGGCCGAGGUAGACAGCCGCGAUCUCAGAAACCCAAAUCUAAAGCUAGCAAAGGCUCAGCUAAGAAGGACGCACAAACCAAGAAUGCUAGUAAAGGUCAAGGACAGGGUAAGAUGACACUUGUGACCUUGCGAGCGUCCCAGGACGAUGAUGAAGACGAUGAGCCUGAAGCGGAAGAAGAGGAUGACAUGUAUCCCUUCAGUCCUGAGGAAGUCAAUAAAGCACCAGCCUUUGUGCCUAUCAGUCUGCGGUCUCCAGAACCUUUUCAACCCCAAGUGGAGGAAUCCAUGGAAGAGCUUGAAAUAGCAGUUAAUGUCUCAGACAGGACCUAUGAUAGUGACCCUGAACAGCCACUCCCUGUGGUGCCUGAUAAACAUGACCCCAGUCAGUCAAGCACCCCAGUUCCAGAAGGAGAAUGCAACCCAUCAGCUGAUGAUCAGGUCAACCUUUUUGUUGAAGUUUUUGAAAUUGCCAGUGAAGAAAUGAAUAAAGAGAAGGACCCUUGCAGCGUGGAGCCCAGUGACACUUGCAUCGCGGAGCCCGGGGACCCUCGCAUCGCGGAGCCCGGGGACGCUCCCAUAGCGGAGCCCGGGGACGCUCGCAUCGCGGAGCCCGGGGACCCUCGCAUCGCGGAGCCCGGGGACCCUCGCAUCGCGGAGCCCGGGGACCCUCGCAUCGCGGAGCCCGGGGACCCUCGCAUCGCGGAGCCCGGGGACCCUCGCAUCGCGGAGCCCGGGGACCCUCGCAUCGCGGAGCCCGGGGACCCUCCCAUCGCGGAGCCCGGGGACGCUCCCAUCGCGGAGCCCGGGGACGCUCCCAUCGCGGAGCCCGGGGCCCCUCGCAUCGCGGAGCCCGGGGCCCCUCGCAUCGCGGAGCCCGGGGCCCCUCGCAUCGCGGAGCCCGGGGCCCCUCCCAUCGCGGAGCCCGGGGCCCCUCGCAUCGCGGAGCCCGGGGCCCCUCCCAUCGCGGAGCCCGGGGCCCCUCGCAUCGCGGAGCCCGGGGCCCCUCGCAUCGCGGAGCCCAGUGAGCCUGGCAGGAGAAAGCUCAAUGACUCUUGCAGCACAAAGCUUUGUAACCCCGGCAGUGCAGGGCUUGGUGAUGGAUUACACAAUACUGAGGAUACUCAUGGAACCUGCGCAAAUCAGAAAAUCGUGGAUCAGGCUUCUGUUCAUGGUGGUGACCCUUCUUUGCAAACUGCUGAAACGAUUGAAACAGAAAUUAAGUCUAGGAAAGCUGACGAGCAGAACGUUUCUACAGGACGAGAUGUGAAGGAUGCGCUGUUAUCUGAAAAAGAGAAACCAACUCAAUCAAAAGAGGACUCCAGCAGUAGGAGUUUUAGUGCCUCUUCAGCUAUUGAAGUGAAUGAUGACACACAGGGAAAUCGAGCCGUGGGCAAGUCCAGAAGAUCUAGGUUUCUAAAGCCAAGGCCCAACCUCAGUAAAAACGCAGCUCGAAGGCAUGUAAAAGAACAACCAUGUUCAGGUGCAGAGAUGGUAGAAACCCAGAGCUCCAAUGCACCAUCAGCACCUACUUCAGAGAGGACAAAACAUGCUGAUGAAAUGGAAAUGAAGAGCAGUGACUCCCUGCAGAUUCGCCUCUUGGGAGGGGAAGGUGAUGAGCAAGAUAAAACCAGGGAACAGUCUCGAGCUGAUCAACCAGCAGAUGAGACAUUGUUGAUAACUGAGAAAAUGUACAAAUACAUGGAGGAUAAAAAGCAAAUGAUCCAAAGCGAGCCUUUAAGUGAAAGGACAUCUCCCGGACACGAUCUGCUACUUCCAGUUGAUCAAAACCAAGAGACAGGAGAGAGAAUUUCCUCAGACUCAUGGUGUCAGCAACCCACAGUCGACCUCUGUCAAACCUCCGAUACAAGGUUGUCUUCAGAAGUUGCAGAGACAAGUGUAGAGGUUUCAAGCUUGGGUUACGAUCAGAAGAUUGACGUCAUGGAAGCUAAAGAUAUGGAACACCAAGGAAUGAACACUUUUGAGGGAGAUUCUGAGAAUCUUAUGGCGAUUGGGAGUUCAAAGGAGGAGACAUUUAUAUUAACCUUAGUUGAGAUCCCGACAUCCAGUUUAAAUGAGUACGAUCCAUCUUCCACCUCCUUUAUGCCAUUACCGGAAGCUCCCCUGGCAGUAGUUGAACCAGUUAUAUCCCUACCGAUGGAAAAUAUAGAAGAUGCAGAAGCAGUGAGUACUGAGCCCUUGGUAGAAGCUCCUGAUAUAGUCACUGUAGCUGAUAGAACACCACUGAUAAAAGCUUCACCACAGAGACGCUGCUUAAAUAAGCCAAAACCUAAUCUACAUCAAAUGGGGAGAAAAAGGAAUGCUCCUAGUGUGAAGAACUGUCGAGAUGCUCCUCCUGAUAAAAACAGUACAACAGUUGCACCAAAUACUGAGAGAUGUGAAGAAAUCGCUCCACAAGUUGAAGAAGCUUCUCAGUCCAGCUUAACUAUCAGCACUUCACCUGAGAAAUGUCCAGUGAUUUUCACAACAAAUAUGUCUGGUAAUUAUGAUGUUGCUCCAUCAGAACCCAAUGAGACUUGCAGUUCUGCUCUGUUGAAUAAUGUAGACCCUCUACCUGUUGAAAAUGUCACUGACCCUUGCUCGGAACUUGCUGAUGAACCAAAAAAACUUGCAUCGAGGAUAAGAAGAAGUAAACUUUCAGUAAAACCUAAUUUUUCAGCAAAAAGAACUGCAGCUACAUGUGAGCCCAAGCUACCAGCUGGAAAUAAACCAACUCAAAAACUUUCAAAAUCAUCAGGAAACGCAUCUCGCCCUCAGGCCUCUCAAGUAAUGUUGGAAACUGAACCAAUUUGCAAUUCUGCAACUGAUGUGAACUCAGAACAAGAGCCAGAAUCAUUGUGCCAUCUUCAAGUGCCAACUGAUAUACAAGAGACAGCAGCUACCACUGAAACAGUUGACACCGCUUCAGAGAGGUUGGCAGAAGAUGUAGCAGAACCAUCUGAAAUAAACGCACCAAAUACAGCUUCCUCUUCCAGGGCACCAUUAACCAGGCCGGGACGUAAACCGCGAGGAUUUUUAUCUUUUAUAUCUAAGAAGUCCAGUGAAAGUGAAACAAAACCCAAAAGGACUAAAUUUCAGAAGCCUCGUAUGAAUGUUCCACGUAUUGCUGGAAAGAGAUCAGCACCAUCGCCUGAAGAUACUGCAGAAACAGAAGCGAGUCUUUCUCUUACUGCAAAGAGGAAAUCACUUGAGAGCCAAAGUGCAAGCCUUCCUGACACCAGUGGUGCACCUUCUGAAGUAGCACAUCAUUCCUCGGUGCAGUGUUGGCAGUCAGAGUCGUACAAAGAAGAGGCCUUCUGUGCAGGUCAGCAGGAUACUGAAGAGGCACCAACCAGGGUUGCAGAAUAUUUUUUUAGCGAUAUCUUCACCGAGGUAGAGGACCUAGAGUGAAGAAAGAAGAUUACUGUGAAAGGAGUAUAUUUUAUUGGUGCUGUUACAUCACGGAACAAAGUGAUUAAGACAUGAACUAAUCACAAUGCUGAGAAAGAUGUGAUACGUGGACACGUACAGGCCAUGACUUUUGCUUUCUUUUGCACUGAUACCCUGUAAAAUAUUUGUCCUCCUUAGUAAUAUCAAUGUGUAAAAAACAUUUGCUGCAACCCCGUUCCAAUAUUCUUGGUAGGAAAUAUCAAGAUUUUUUAACAGAAUGAUUUAUUACAAUGUGAUAUUUUUCUUAGUAACUGUACAUUCUUCAAAACUGUGUUCUAUUGUUCUCCGUAUAUCUUCCAAUUAAUUGGUUAGAUAACCCUGGGCAAUACAUAAAUGUUUCAUCCACGCAAUUCAGCUGCUGUGUAAAAUAUGGAAAAAAAUCUUUGAUCCCAUUCAAUCUAAAUGACUAAUUUUGUUAUAAAAUCAAAAAUAUGCAGAAGUGGAAACCAUAAUUGUCUUGCUGUUAUACCAAGGGACAUAUCUAUCUAUUCUGAUCCAUACUUCAGGAUUAUUUUCUGAAGUGCUACAGAUCUGUAUAGUUAGAAAAAUAUGAAUUUGAACAAGACAUAUGUAUAAAAUUACAAUGUUUAGUGUAUUGCACUUUAACAUCUAAAGUAAUCAGGAUUAUUUCUGGAAUAUGGAACUUAGAGUUAUAAAUAUUAAGGGAAUUAUGAUCUACUUGGACAAUUUGCCUUUCGGAGAUUGCCUUUGAAUGGGAUAUUUUUGGUGACAAUUAAUUACAAAUUCAUCAUAUUGAAACAAAAUAGUGGAAAUUCAGCCAAAAAAAUACAACCUGAAAGGAAACAAAUUGCAAAAGAUAGUCCUGCUGAUUGCAAAAAGUGAAUAAUUUGUAGUGAUGGGAUUGGUUUCCAUGGUGGCAGAUGGUAGUGUACUAUGUUUCAGUUUUUAAAGCAGAAGAAUGAGGCUUGGGCCAGGUCACUGGUCAGAAAUAUACAAAAGCAGGUGCCAAUGUAUUGCAUUAUCUGAAUCCAAAGAUUGAGGAUUUGUUUUAGAUAUUAGCCAUCAUUUUAAUAGCCAUAGGACAAGCUGACUGUGAUUUUUGUCAGAAAAUUUCCCUCAAUCUUGAACUUACAAUAUUCCCAUCACUCACAAAUUUAUACAGCAUUGCUAUAAUGAUAAGGAUUACAUCCAGACAGGUGAAAAUAAGGGUCUUAAUACAUUAACUUCACUGCUCUGUCCCUCUGUCACUCAUUGAAGAUCGAAGAACAUGACAGUGACAUUUCAUAACUUUAACUUGGUCGUUUAAUUAUGGCUAGAGAUUGCCAUUAUAGUUUUUUUGGGCACUGUUAACAAGGAUUUAAACUGACAAAAAGAAGCAAACAUGAACAAACACCAAGUGCUGACCCAUUUAACUGGAUUUUAAUGUAUUGGAUAAUUGAGUGAACUCAUAUUUAUUUGUUCUACAUGUCAAGAAUGAAAUGCCCAUGAAUUUUCUUUUUGAAAUUAUCUGCACUUCUGGUUGAGUUUUUUUUAGUAUAUUUGUACAUGAAAUGUUUAUUUUUAAGUUUUAAACUACAAAUGAAAACUUUUGGUUGAACUAAUUUUUUUCAGAUCCAUUUUAAAAUUUACCUUUUUUAAAAAGCUCCAUUUUCCAUGUUAAAGUAUGCUGUCAAUAUGCUGUAUUUUUUUCUUCAGUGCAGUGUUCAUUGAUCACAAGUGCAAAUCAUUUCUCACUUUUUGUGUAUGAACGGUUAUGUAAAAUAAUCCUAUUUUUCUUUAAAAAUGAGCGCACAAUUUUGUUUUGAGGUAAUAAUGAGCCUGUUACACUGGUAACUGACCCAGCUAUUGUGGAAAUCUUACUUGUGCUGCAAUCGUUGCUUGGACUAAUCUGAAAUAGCAUUACAGUAGGAACUCUUGCCUUCCGAAAGGGUGUGUGUGUGUGGACAGAAACCUCUCAGGGAGCCAAACAUCAUCUUUUGAAGCUAUGGGUUCCAGGCUUAGUUUAAAUAAAACUGGUGUAGUAUAUUUUGCUGGUACUCAAUCAAGAUCCUGGCUGGAAUGGAAGAGAAAUAAUAUUUCAGCCUUGAUCAUCAUCGUCCAUCAUUUUUGUUCUCUUUCAAGCCAUUCUGGAAAAGCCUAAGUGUCAGAAGCUCAAUUAAAGGUCUACGCAAAACUUUUUCAAUUGACCCCAAUAUUUGGAAAUGCUGGCUGUUUGAGGAGGAGUCAAUUAUGGAAAUAUUCACAAAUGCGUGAAGUGCCAUUGGACAGAAAGUGCUGUUUUCAACAUUGCUUGUCUCUUGAGUCAGCAGCUGGGUCAGUCACACAUGCAUAAAUGUAAUUUAUUGUCACCUUACUCUUCAGUUGGUUGCAGAUUUUUAUGUACAGUAGUUAUUAACUGAAUGACUUGACUCAGUUGUCAAUUCAGUAUCUUCCUGGUUUGGAAGGAAUAUUACAGUAUUACACUCUGAAUAGAUGGAUUCAUCUGUUGUAAAUUUUGUAAAUAAAUAAAUCUUAUACGAUUUAUGUGUUCA